CCUCGGCUCUUGGCCACCGGUGAUAGUUAACCUCAGUUAACUAUCACAAUGUCCGCUCUUACUGAAGACAAGAUUACUACCGCUCGUGUCCGCCUUUUCAACUACAAUCCCAUAGACGACACAGACAAAACUACGUUGAUACUUAGUGCUCUACUUCUACAUUGUUAUGGAUAUUGGGUAUCCACUAAUUCGAUCCAUAACAUACAUGCACCCUCCGAAGGUGGUCAAGAGAACGUAGCUACAGAUAUCUUAUCUGCCGUUAAUGAUGCCGCAAUAAAGGCACUUGCAAAUCUGUAUCUGUGUGGGUUGUUGGCUCCAAUACGAGCUGGCGGAGGGGAGAAUUCUAUUAUAGGGGAGCACCCUUCGAGAUCGUCAUUCGAGGGGAACGUAGAAGAAAUCUCGGGGUUGAUUAAGAUUGACGUAGCAGAACGGGACCAGUCCGUCUUGAAAGGAAUCGUGCUCACACGCGACAAUAACCGGUGCAUUCUGACGAAAACCCUUGAUGUUGAAGUGGUGUGUGAUUUGGAGAGCAGCGGGGUGGUUGUAUCUGAAGAAGAUCAUCGAAAGUCCGGGUGCACCAUUGCUGCCCAUAUCCUUCCCUUUUCUUUGGCUCCAAAUUUGGUGAAGUUUGCUGAUAUUCAGCGAUCAUCCAAAGUAUUUGCACUCAUCGAAUGGUUUAGCGGCUUCAAGAUAGUUGAUCGACUUCACGGUAUCGACAUCAAUCGCAUCGACAACGUUGUGACACUCACUCUGGGUGCUCAUGGACUUUUCGGUGCCCUCCGCAUCUGGCUAGAAGCUAUAUUGGCUCACCUGACAGUCAACCAGGGCCGUCCUCAUGUCUAUAUCCUGAAGAAUCCGUGGGGAAUCGACUCCGGGGCUUUAGUAGAUGGAGCAGAAGUCACUCUGACUACGAUCGAUCCUCGCUUGCCCGUGGCCAACCCCGAUUUUCUUGCUAUUCAUGCAGCCUGUGUAAAAAUAUAUCAUGCCAGUGGCAUGAGUGAAGUUAUCGAUCAAGUUUUGCAUGACAAGCGGGAGGUCAAGGAGCUUUCAGAGGAUGGGUUAGGGCCUUCAUUUAGGGUUCUUGAAUACUCUCUGGUUCUAUUUGCUUCUUAA